AUGGCCUAUGACCGCUACAAUGCCAUCUGCAGACCCCUGCACUACUGGACCAUCAUGGACGGCAGAACAUGUGUCAAAAUGGCAGCAGCUGCCUGGGCCAGUAAUUUUCUCAAUGCCCUCCUGCACACUGGAAAUGCUUUUUCCAUACCUCUCUGCCAAGGCAACAGAGUGGACCAGUUCUUCUGUGAAAUUCCCCAGAUUCUCAAGCUUUCCUGCUCAGAAUCCUACCUCAGGGAAGUUGGGCUUAUUGUGGUUAGUGCCUGCUUAAUUUUUGGGUGCUUUGUUUUCACUGUGCUGUCCUACGUGCAGAUCUUCAGGGCUGUGCUGAGGAUCCCCUCUGAGCAGGGCCGACACAAAGUCCUUUCCAUGUGCCUCCCUCACCUGGCUGUGGUCUCUCUGUACAUCAGCACUGGCAUGUUUGCCUAUCUGAAACCCUCCUCUGUCUUCUCCCCAUCUCUGGAUCUAGAGCUGGCUGUUCUGUACUCAGUGGUGCCUCCAAACAUCAUCUACAGCCACAGACUCCUUGGUCCUGUCCCAGCCCAGAGGCUGAUGGGGCAGCUGACACAUACCCCCCACCCACUGGAGCUGCUGUGCCCACCUCCUGCUCUGCACCCCCUGUGGGGACCACUGCUGUGGGUCCACCCCCAGCCUGGGCUGCUCUGCUGGGUGGGCUGGGGAGAGGGCCGAGGAGGUGCCAUCUGCAAACGUGAUGAGAGUUGUGUCCUCGAGGUCACUGAUGAAGUUGUUAAACAGGACAAGUCCCAGUAUGGACACUUGCAUACUUCACUCGUCACUGGCUUCCAGCCUUCCAAAGAGGAUAACAACUGGCCUUGUUACGAUAUUGGCCAGCCCUCUCAGUGUCCUCUGAUGCAGCCCAUCCAGCUCCAGAGACUUGCAGGGGUUGAGUUCUUGCCAAUAACACCUCACUGA